AUUACUUAAUCCACCUUUAGGUGGUUGGUGCCUUCCUCACAUUUAGAACCUCAAAACCUCUCAAAACUACAGAUUGUCAAGGCAAACAGAUUGGCCAAUGUUUGACAGAUCCAAACGCGCUGGACACCAACCGCCCUUUACGCCCAGCAUAACUGGCAGUGUUGCAAGCGCAAAACAUACGUUGCCAGUGCCAAUUUAUUUUGCAUCGGCCAAUAUGUCUCCCUUGACAAUCUGUACUCAAAACUAGGGCAACUUUUGAUAAAAUUUCACAAAAAAGUUUGCAGAUUUUUUUCAAUCAGGGUCUGUAAAAGCCAAUUAUGCCCUUACACAAUAUUACCCUUCAUUUUUUCUUAACUGUCAAACAACAACAACAGAAUCCACCUCCUUCAAUUUCAUCAUCCGCCUUCGUCUUCUCCGGAGCAGAUUUCCCCAGCAGCAGUGGACGAUUGGUGCUUUUUGCGGAACUUUGUUGGCCAGUGGCUUGGAUCGGUGGUUACCGAGUUCCAGACGCACAUUGGGAAAACGUUUCUGGUUAUUUUGUGCGUGAACUUGCUGCUGAUUGGGUUUUACUGGCGGAAAGUAUCAUGAUCGAUCGCUUCAUCCGGCCGAGUACCGCCAAGGAAAUGGAAGAGCUUAAGUUGUCAGUGGCACGUCCUCAAUUGCCGAAGGAGCACGGCCCGCGGAUCUAAAAAUGUUCCACAAGCUUAAGAAAUUCAUCGCCAAGCAGAAAGUAAAGUUCGGUACCACUGGACCGGGUCAACAGCUAAACUCGGAAACUCCAGCACCCUCGUCUAGUUUGAGCAAGUCCGGCAACAGUAGCAGCAAGGAUGUGUGCGUUCCAUCGAAGCGAAAGGAACUGUCCAGUGAGGCGAAAGCCGCUGCACUAGCCCGGAUUGAAGGCCGGGACAAAAAGGAGUUAAACACUUCCCUGGCGGCCAUCCAAGCGCUGGUGCGACGCGAACUUGAAGUCGAACGAAAAGUCAAAAGGAACACGGGAACAGCCGCGACUGGGUACAGCACGAGCGGUUUGUCGGAAAAUGAGCGCAAAGACUUGGCCGUGCAGGGAGUUUAUUUCCGGUAUCCGCGAGAAGGUACUCAAAAUUACGAAUAAAAAAUAAGAUGCUGAGAAAAAAAAAUCAACGAAUGUCUUGAAAUAAAGUUGAAAAUUCGAAAAACUGUUUUACUGUAUGGCUUAUCGGCGUAUGACUAACGAUAGGGUUAUCAGAUCUUCAAUCUAAUAGUCUCAUUUGAAAGAUCUUUCAAUUAUCCAACUAACGGUUGGUCGUACGAUGGAUCCGGACAUCAUUUUCAUCAUAAUAUCAGAGAUCUGGCCUCAAAAAACUGUAUUCACAACACUAAAGUGCUCAUAACUUUUGAUAGGGUUAUCAGACCUUUGAUGUUUUAGGCUCAUUUGAAAGGCCAUUCAGUUUUCUAACUAAUGAUGGAUCACAUGAUGAACCCGGACACUAUUUUCAUCGUAAUAUCUGAGAUCCGGCCUCCAAAAAGUGUCUAAAUAACACUUAAGUGCUUAUAACUUUUGAACUGGUCGUCAGAUCUUUGAUGUGUUAGGCUCAUUUGGAAGGUUUUUCAAUUAUCUAACUAAUGAUGGGUCGCAUGCCAAACCCGGACACCGUUAUCAUCAAAAUAUUUGAGAUCCGGCCUCCGAAAAGUGCAUAAAUAACACUUAAGUGCUAAUAACUUUUGAUAUGAUUAUCAGAUCUUCAAUGUUUAAGGCUCAUUAGAAAGAUCUUUCAAUUGUCCAACUAACCACGGGUUGCAUAAUUGACCCGGCCAUCAUUUUCAUCGAUAUAUUAGAGAUUCGGCCUCUAAAAUGUGUACAGAUGACACUUAAAUGCUCAUAACUUUUGAUAGGGAUAUCAGAUCUUCAAUCUUUUGGGCUUGUUGGAAAGGUCUUUUGAUUACCUAUCCAACGAUGGGUAGCAUGAUAGAUCCGGACAACUUUUUCAUCAAAAUAUUUGAGAUCCGGCCUCUGAAACGUGUACAAAUGACACUGAAGUGAUCAUAACUUUUGAUAGGGUUAUCAGAUCUUCAAUGUUUUGGGCUUGUUGGAAAGGUCUUUUGAUUACCUAUCCAACGAUGGGUAGCAUGAUAGAUCCGGACAACUUUUUCAUCAAAAUAUUUGAGAUCCGGCCUCUGAAACGUGUACAAAUGACACUUAAGUGCUCAUAACUUUUGAUAGGGUUGUCAGAUCUUCAAUGUUUUGGGCUCAUUAGAAAGGUCUUUCAAAUACCUUUCUAAAAAUGUAUGAUCAGACGGGUUUUCUUACAAAAACCACCCUUUUUACAAUCUUUCAAACUUUAGCCAGAAUCGUUUUUUUAGCAUAACUUUUGAAAUACUUAACAAAACUUCAUAAUAGUUAAUAUAGGUCUUGUGGGACCCUAAGACGGAUCAAAUGAGACCAGAACGGCCCAAAUCGGUUCAGCCAGUCCGGAGAUAAUCGAGUGCAUUUUUUUCGGUGCACGGACUUACAGACAUACACACGCACAGACAUUUGCUCAGAAUUUGAUUCUGAGUCGAUAGGUAUACGUGAAGGUAGGUCUACGAGGUCGAAUUAAGAAGUUCAUUUUUCGAGUGAUUUUAUAGCCUUUCCUCAGUAAGGUGAGGAAGGCAAAAACCGUUUUCGAAUUAUAACAUUAAACAUAACUAAGAAAAAAACAUGUAAGUGGAAAUUUUCGUUCAGUAAUUUCAUUUCUUAUCGUUCUUUUUGACAUUUGUCAGUAGAAAAAGAAAAAAACGCCAUCAUUUUAGCAAAACUUAGAUAAUAACCCGUUCCCCCCAAACAAAACUUCACCGAGAAAAAAAAAUAGAAUUUUGCGUUGACUCCCGCCCCAAAUAAAAGCCCAAAAAUAUAGGACAGAAUUUAACAAAAC